GGUGUACUGCGUCAUUUCCGGUCUCUUGCGUUUCAGGUAAACAAGCUAGUGACGUUUGAAUGCUGCAUACACAAAGCAAUGUUUUUCAAAUUACUCAGGUUGUUCGGCACUAAUUGAAAAACUGACGCUAUGGAGGAACAGUGGGACUUUGAGUUUUUGUCCCGUGUUGCUGACAGCUGCUUGUCGUUCCUCUCCGAGUUUGUUGACGACUGGCUCGCCAACGACAUGAGGGUUUCUAUAUUUAAAAUUUUGCUCAGUUGGUUAAUUUUUAGUCUUAUCGCAAUUCACUUUGCAUGGAAGGUCUACGGGAAUACCGUGAACGACAUGUAUUACCGACAAGGGAGCGGACAGAACGGAGGAACACCUGAUGUAGCUUCUCACUUUAGCGCAUGGGAGAGUCAAGCAGAAAAUGUCCAGAAGAGCCAUCGGGAUUAACAGGACCCUGGCCUACAUUUAGAUAACUUUAUUUAGAGUCGCUGGAUUGACAUUAAAUGUCAGAUUCUUGCAGAUAUGCGUUUGUGAGAUGACGUGCUGGCCCUGAACUCAGAGCAUUUUCUGUGCAAGACGGACUGAAAUGUUUAGUUUUAUCUGAUGCACCUAUUCUUUUAAAGUGGCAGCACUUCUAGUGUGUAGAAGCUCCUGUAUAUCAGAAAAGAAUAUUUUCUGUGUAAGGUCAAGCAAAUAUACUUGACUUUACUUGGUGCAUGAAAAAUAUUUAUUGUGUAAAGUCAUAAAGGACCGAUUUUUACAAAUCUG